AUGGUAUUCUCCGAGACAAACAAGAUCGGAUGUGCCUACAAAGUAUGCAACACCAACAAACUAAUCUUCACUUGUCUAUACAACGCUAUUGGAUAUUAUACUAAUGCUCCUAUGUGGGAAACUGGCACUGCUUGUUCAACAGGCUCUGAUUGCACUACUUUCUCUAACUCAGGAUGUGAUAAUGGUCUAUGUACAAAAGGAGAACCCGUUCCAGAAACGAACAACGAUUGCUCAGCCAAUUCAGGAAUGACCGACUCAGUGAGACAAAAGUUCCUCGACUUGCAUAAUGGAUACAGAUCGAGCCUAGCCCGAGGACUUGAGUCUGAUGCGCUCGGCGGAAAUGCACCGAAAGCAUCAAAGAUGUUGAAAAUGGUCUAUGACUGCUCCGUGGAGGCUUCAGCUCUGCAACAUGCCUCAAAGUGCGUCUACCAGCAUUCAACGAACGCUGAACGACCAGGGCUCGGCGAGAACAUCUACAUGACAAGUGCUCUAAAUUUCGAUAAAGUCAAAGCUGCAGCACAGUCAUCUCAACUUUGGUGGGACGAACUGAAACAAUAUGGUGUUGGCCAAUCAAACAACUUGACACUGGCGCUAUGGAAUCGUCCAAAUACUCAGAUUGGUCACUAUACCCAGAUGGCAUGGGAAACUUCGUAUCGUCUUGGAUGUGCAGUUGUCCACUGCUCAACCUUCACCUUCGGUGUCUGCCAAUACGGCCCUGCCGGCAACUAUCUGAAUAGACUUAUAUAUACUAUUGGAGAACCGUGCACGUCAGAUGCUGGUUGUCCUGGUUCUUACACAUGCAAUGUGGCAGAAGGACUCUGUAAUGUCGUGUAA